CCGUCUCUCUCACUUUCUUCCUCAGCCCUAUGCCUUUUCACCAUUGUUUCUCGGCAUCAUUUCUUCCUCCUUUUGUCAAUCUUUAAAAAUUGAAAUAUGGUUUCCUUUCUUCUCUGUUUAGACGGCACCUUAUUUUAUCACUGCAAAAAUGGAUGUUAAAUCUUGAAUUCCUUUGACUCUUUCAAUUGAGCUCAGAGAAACAUGCCUGUUUACCGAUCCUUCGUCACGUGUGACGACCCCAAAGGCGUCGCCGACUGCAAGACCGUCGCAAAAUCCAACAAAGCCCGACAAAAAAAACUCCAUAAAACAUCAACAUCAUCAAACUCAAAGGAGGAGGGCGGCUUGUGUUUUCAAGUGAUGGAGGUUUCUAGAGGCGCAGAGAGGCUCAGCAAAGCGGUGGAAAGGCCGCACACCGCCACCGACUUGCUGAGAGGCGCUCUGCAUUUGCAGCACUCCCUUGUUAUGUUUGGGAAAUUGCACAAGGAGAAGAGGCCUCUUGAUCUACUAGAUGAUAAUCAUAAGCCUCGAGUUUCUGCAUCCAGAGAUUGCUAUGAUGAGCUGAGGGAUGUAAUUAGGGAGAGCUUCGCCAGGCUGAAUUUAUUGCCCAAGGAGAAACUAGUUUGUGAUGCUGAUAGAAAGCACUCUGAGUUGUGUGUCGAUCUGCCGUCUUCUAGCUCGAGCCAGACCUCGUCUUCGCUGCUCCACUCGGGCUCCUCGGGGUCUCCCAGCAUCUGGCUCGAGAAGAAGUCAAACUUGAUUGCGAAGCUCAUGGGGUUGGAGGAAGCAAUGCCCUUAAAAGCAGGGGAUGGUGCGUUUUGA